CCCCUUCUUCCCCAAUCCGAGGACACGCGUAGUCUGUGGGACGUUACACAGAAUGGACUGAAAUCAUUGUCUUUUGUUGGACUCAUCCUGGAGAUGGACGUGACUUCCUCUUUUCCAACCCUGCGGGGCUGCAGCUGUCAAAGGGCUCAGGGUGUUCUCCACUGUUCACUCUCAGCUCCCCGAACACACUCACAAAGCAUGUGGAGCGGGGAUGAAGCACCAUUCUUGUCCUGGAUGGUAUGAUUCUGAAGGGUCCAUUGGUGUCGAGGGAGGCGGAACUUGUGUGAAGGGGUCAUCAUGGAUCACAGAGGUCAGCCCCGGCCCGACCCUUACAGGAAUAAAGAGAGAGAGGACUACAGGUAUUCUCAGCAGGACAGGGACCAGAGAUACCCACAGCUGAACCCCAGAGAGGGGGACAGGCACUGGGCUCAAGUGGAUGCCCGGUACAGGGCUCACUUCACCAGUCCUCCGGCCAGACCGGAGCAGUACCCUCACAACGCACAGCAGUAUCCUUAUGGCUACGGCCGCCCGGAGCCCCAGAGACCUCAGUCCAGGCAUGGGUAUGACUAUCCGCCGUACAGCCACUGGGACUACAGAGACCCUAACUACAGUUACUAUGACCAUGACUACUAUAGAGGACAACGUGGACGACAAGAUGCUGGACUGUGGGGGCCCCAGGACUCCUCCAGAACAACCCCUUAUCCCGACGUUACAUACGGCCAUGAGCACUCAGGGAGCUCCUACACUGACGAGCACAGGUACAACCAAGGCCGAGGCAACUCCCAGCCUUACCUGAACCCUUACGAGGAGACUCCCUCCAGAGACAAUGAAGAGGUGUCCUCGCACUACCCGGGGACAUUAGAAAGUUCCAAAAACUCAGGGCUGUCCUCCAGCAGCUGCGAGCUGAGUCAGUACAUCAACGGAGCUGAGCACAGCGACUCAGUCCACACACCUGAAGCAGAGCACGGGCCGAUGCACCAGAUGUCUGCUCCUCUCAAGUACUCCAUUCCUCACGUGGUUGUGAGCUUCGGCCCAGCAGGCCAGCUGAUUCGGGUCACUCCGGGCUUGUCCACACAGGAGAACAUCAGCCAGCUGGAAAUCCACAGUCUGGAAGUAAUUCUGGGUGAGACACAGGAUCAGCAGGAGAUGAGAAACUUCCCGGGGCCCUUAACCAGGGAGGAUCUGCACAAAGUGGAUGCUCUGGAGUUUGCCCACCAGAGGGCAGGCGCCUGCAUGAGCGGCGACACGCUGCACGAUAAAAGCUCUGCUGCCCUCCUGUGGAAUCUACUCAUCCUACUCUGCAGACAGAAUGGACAAAUAGUCGGCUCGGAUAUCGCAGAGCUGCUGAUGCAAGGCUCACAUUCAGAUGGAAGCUGGGAGUCAGACGCUCCCACGCUCAUCGACUUCAGUGAGGGAGCAAGUGCUGCAGCGCCGCCUCGCACAGGAGAUGACCUGCUCACGGGAAGCUGGAGCAACUUCAGCUCCGAGAACUCUGGGAAGGCCCUGCAGAGCUACACUCAACUGCUGCUGGCUGGGAGGAAGAAGGAGGCCUUGGAGUCAGCUAUGAGCAGCGGCCUGUGGGGGCACGCCCUCUUCCUCGCCAGCAAAAUGGACAACAGGUCCUACACCAACGUGCUGAACAGGUUUACAGGCCAGCUAACGGCCAGUGAUCCCCUCCAAACCCUCUUCCAACUGCUGACUGGGAGAAUCCCUGUGGUAUCCAUGAGCUGUGGAAAUGAAAAGUGGGGAAACUGGAGGCCUCAUCUGGCUGUCAUGCUUUCCAACGAAACAGGAGAUCCUGCCAUCCAACAGAGGGCCAUCGUCACCAUGGGGGACACACUCGCCUCCAAAGGCCUCGUACAUGCCGCCCAUGUGUGCUACCUGACAGCCGGCGUGCCGUUCGGGGGCUUCAUGCAGAAGGCGGAUAGACUGGUGCUUCUGGGCAGCAGCCACAGGCAAUCCUUUGAGUACUUUGCCACGAACCUUGCCAUUCAAUGCACUGAAUUGUAUGAAUACUGCCAGACACUUGGGGGCAAAUGCUUUUUGCUGCCAUCCUUUCAGGUGUAUAAGUUCCUGUAUGCGAGUCGACUGCUGGACUGCGGCCUUGCAUCGCAGGCCUUUCAUUACUGCGAGGUGGUGGGACAGGCGAUCCUCAGGCAGAGGGAACCUUUCCUUGUGCUCACUGGAGAGGUCAUCAAGCUGUCAGACAGGCUGAGACACUCCGAGGGUCAGUUCAGUGAAGCAGGCCUCAGCGGAGCCGGGCAGGAACCCGACUGGCUGACACAGCUGCGUGCCAGGCACCACGCUUUACAGACCGGGAGUUACGACUGUGCUGAAACAUCACAGUCCCCUCCUGAGGGAAGUGCUUUGGCCCCUGAGCAUAACGCAAUGUCCUUAGAAUCGCAAUUGGAUGCCCUGAACCGUGACAUCCAGAGUCCAGAGCCAGAACUCCUAUACUACAGUGGCCCUGGGGAUCGAGCGAGCCCUGAGCAUCUAGUUGAAGGAAUCACUGAGGAAAUGAACGUGUUGUCGUGGAACGAUGGCAGAGCUGAGGACUGGAGCCAAAUGCCACACGCCAAUUCUCCAAUGCCAGUGCCGCUGGUUUAUUCCCCCCCAGCACCCACAGUGACUGCGUGCCAGGCCUUCAGUUAUCAUAACACAGAUAGUGCUGAAGUCAGAGCCGCCCCGCCACAUUGUCCUCUAAGUAAUCAGCCAUCAGUAGCACAGGGUGCUGGGCCGUCCUCUGGCGCAGGCACAAUGGGGGUUCAGAUGCUUGAGGUGAACAUCAGUCAGCAGGGGCAAUGCCAGCAGAGCGAGCAGCAAGGUUUCGAAGGAUCCGAGCCGACCAGCGAGCCUCCUCAACAGAGCACCAAAGCAGGAUGGUUCAGCGGCUGGUUCAAGUCGAAGCCCAGAGAUGUUCCAGAGGAGAGUUCAGAGCAGAGGAGCCCGGCUCCGAUGGAGCUACCACCAACUACUGGCUUCUCUCCUCCUCCCCCGCCUGCCAUGUUUUCAUCUCAGCCGCCCUCCGCUGGGAUCAACCCCUUCUCAAGAAAAGCAGGCCAGCAGCUGGGGUAGCAGCCUUGUCCACACCAGUAACUUCAAUCUGAGGAUUUGGGGAUGUCGGACCAGCUGUCAUUCACAGUGCCUUUGUGUCCAAUGAGAGCUUCAGCUGAGCUUGGAUGAAGAUCAAUAAUAUCCAUUAUAUAAACCCGUGCACAUUUAUUUUUAAAGGAUGUCCUUUCAACCC